AUGUCUGGUAGCGAUACUGGUCAAGGUGGUAUCUAUGAACCCCUCCUCCCUCCAUUACAAGACAUCACCCCAAAGGAUCGUGGUCCAAUCGCCCUGGCCACGGCAGUGACCCUGCUCGUCAUUUCUUCGUUGACUGUGGGCGUCAAACUAUGGACGAGAUAUGCCACGACUCGAAACUUUGGUGCGAAUGACAUUGCAAUGUUUGCGGCUAUUACAUUGGCAUACGGCCAAACUAUUUCCCUCUCCCUUGCCGCUCAGAAGGGGUUGGGUCGACACCAGACUGCGAUUCAGGAACCGGAUCUCAUUGAGUUUAGCAAAUUGUUUUUUGCUUCCAACAUUCUUCUCAUCCUGGCGUUGGCCUGUGCCAAAGCAGCGGUGACUCUGCUUAUCAUUGCCAUCAAGCCGCUACGAGCCAUCAUGUUUGCCUGUUAUGGGAUGCUCGGCUGCAUUGCACUCUGGGGAGUAGUCAGCGUCUUCGUCGUUGCCUUUCAAUGCUCACCAAACCGUUGGUCACUCGGCCCCAGCUCAGGCCCCGACGCACAGACUUGCAUCGAUCAAUAUGCGAUGCAGGUGGCAGUGCGAGCCGUGGAUAUCGCAAUCGACGUAGGAAUCGUGCUCCUACCAGCACUGAUGAUGCGAUCGGUACAAGUUCCGAAUGCUAAGCGGUGGAUGGUGGUCACACUGUUCGCUAUCAGACUGGCGACACCCGUAUUCACAGCAGUCUCGAUUGUCGCAUACGACGACUUCUAUCACUCUGUUCCCCAAGAUCGCUCCUGGCACGCCGUCACACCCUCCGUUUGGACGUCCUGUGCCUUGAACCUGUCAAUUGUCACGGCCUGCAUUCCCUCAAUCAAGCGCUUCCUGGCCGACUGGGCCGCGGGUCUCAGUGCCAUAACCAUAUCUGAGCCCUUCGAACUGGAGCAUUCCGCUGGCAAGACCGGUGCCGGGCUCACAUACGCCGCGGGCAGCGGCAUGGGAAGCAAGAUCGCCACAAGAUUGGGAUUUGCGACCACCAGCAAGGCCGAAAUCACGUCUACGGUGCGCAGCCGUAGCGACAAUGACGACGACGACACGAUUUUGAACACAUCGAGAAAUCGCUCGCGGGGCGCCAACGGGCGACAGCCAGACAAUACAUCCGAGAGCGUCAAAGGUCUCACGGACGGUGUGAUCAUGCACUCGAUCGAUUACCGUGUCGAGUACGAAGACCCGACGAUCGAUCAUCGCGACUGGAGCAGUCGUAGCAGUGGCGGUCGCUGA